UGCCCCGCCUUAUAGUCUCAGGCUCCGGCCGGCUGCGGGCAGGGUCUGUGGGUGGAGGAUGCGAGUUUACGCCUGGGAUUGCUGGCAGGCAGGCGGCCACAGUCUAGGGGCGGCACGGUGUCGACUUGCAGCCCAGCUGAGACGAGGCGCCACCGGGCAGGCGCUGAGAGCAUGAGGCUCUGGCCUCCACUGGCCGCUCGCUUGUGACCCUUCCACCACGGUGGAGCCUUCCAAGCCGACCUCCUGCCGUGUGGUGAUCUACCUGCAGCGGGAGAUGUCGGGGGAUACCUGUCUGUGUCCAACCUCAGGGGCCAAGCCCAAGCUAAGCGGCUUCAAGGGAGGAGGCCUGGGCAACAAAUACGUCCAGCUCAACGUGGGUGGUUCCCUGUACUACACCACCGUGCGGGCACUAACCCGGCACGACACCAUGCUCAAGGCCAUGUUCAGUGGGCGCAUGGAGGUGCUGACUGACAAAGAAGGCUGGAUCCUCAUAGACCGAUGUGGAAAGCACUUCGGCACCAUUUUGAAUUACCUUCGAGAUGACACCAUCAUCCUCCCUCAGAACCGGCAAGAAAUCAAGGAACUGAUGGCUGAAGCAAAAUAUUACCUCAUUCAGGGGCUGGUGAACAUGUGCCAGACUGCCCUGCAGGACAAGAAGGACUCUUACCACCCUGUGUGCAACAUCCCCAUCAUCACAUCCCUGAAGGAAGAGGAGAGGCUCAUUGAAUCCUCCACCAAGCCUGUGGUGAAGCUGCUGUACAACAGAAGCAACAACAAGUAUUCUUACACCAGGCCCGAGGGCCCUUACCGGUUUUUCAGCAACUCUGAUGACCACCUGCUGAAAAACAUCGAGCUGUUCGACAAGCUCUCCCUGCGCUUCAACGGCCGAGUGCUCUUCAUCAAGGACGUCAUCGGCGAUGAGAUCUGCUGCUGGUCCUUCUAUGGCCAGGGUCGGAAGCUGGCAGAGGUGUGCUGCACCUCCAUCGUGUACGCCACGGAGAAGAAGCAGACCAAGGUGGAAUUCCCAGAGGCCCGUAUCUAUGAGGAAACACUCAACGUCCUACUCUAUGAGACCCCCAGAGUCCCUGACAACUCCUUGUUGGAGGCCACAAGCCGGAGCCGCAGCCAGGCUUCGCCCAGUGAAGACGAGGAGACCUUUGAACUACGGGACCGGGUCCGCCGCAUCCAUGUCAAGCGCUACAGCACUUAUGAUGACCGGCAGCUCAGCCACCAGUCUGCCCAUCGCGACUGACAAGACCCUCCGGGAGUCAGGGCAUGGGAUGCCCUGUCUCCCCUCCUGUGGAGCCCCGCCCGAUUGGCCACCCCACGCUGCUGCUGGCUCGGUCUCUGCUCCAGCACCCAGAGGCAUGACAGGCCCUGCCUGGGAGGUCAGAGGUUCUGAGCAGGGGAGGGAUCAUGCUUCUUUGCUCUGCUCCCCCAGCACUUCAGGAGGACUGAGCCCUGGCCCCUUUGCUCAGCAUCUCCCUUCCUGCCACAGGGAGCCACUGCUGCCCUGGGCUGAGUGGACUGCCCUGCCCACCUCCCUGCCAAGAGCAAUCCCCUUGGCCGUUUGCUGAGUGUCCCUUUGCUCUACUGAGGGGCUACUUCAGGCCUCAGUGGAGGCCCAUGGGGAAUGGGUUCACUCUGGGGAAGGUGGCUUCUGGUGCUGUGGAGGCCCAAUUUAAGGAAAACGGGGCUCCUUUUUUCCUAAGGUGUUUAAGCAUAGGCUUGAUGAGUUUGGUUUUAAAAAAGUAAUCUAGGAAGUGACUAGUUUUAAGUCUAAUAAUGAGGGGACUUGGUAUUUCUGCUACCCCUCCAGGGUUCCAGGACCCUGAGUAAAGCAGAACCCUUGGCCCUUUUGAUGCCUUUGGGAUCUAUUUCUUUAAAGCACUUUGUACUUUUAUUCAGGAGAUUUGUAUUCUGCCCUGACCCAUGUCAUCUUUUUCUGAUCCUAAUCCCCUCUUCCCUGCAGAAUCAAUCUGAGGGAGGGGAAAGAAGCAAUAAUUGAAAAAAAAAAAAAACUAACCAGCUUUGGCUUUGCCAAACCGGCCAAGCAGCCAGCACAGAGAGCACAGAGGGGAAAGGAUGUGUAAGUUAGGACCUGUGGUCCUAAUAACACCCCUUUGAGAAAGGACAUUUUACCCUCACAUACUGAUCUCUAAGGUCUAACAUGAUUGUUCUCUUUGAUUCACUUGCCCUUGGCUCCGAGGCAUGCUGUCUUCACUUACUGUAAAGCCAAAGAGCCAUCACAGGGGCCAGGAGCUGCUUGCAGCCAGGAGCGAGAGCCGCAGCAGGGAGGCUGUGGAGCCCACAGGCACCGGGCCCUGCAGGCCUGUCAGGUAGCGGCAGCAAACGCAGAGUCCCGCAUUACUGGCAGCCCUGUGUAGAGGCGGCUGUGCUUCACCACACACACACCCUGCCUCCCACCCAUGCUACUGGUUUUGUGUCCUGGCUGGAGACGGUGGUUCUGUCCAGUGGUGAGUCCCUGAACACAGGAUGAUGUGAGUAGCCUCAGCACCUUGAAAGCUUGCUUGCUUUCUUUUGGAGAUGCCAAGCACCAGCUCUUGGGCAAGGGUGCAAGAUCCUCUUCAGGGCUUUGGUUUUCAUUCCCUUCUGUUUGGCUUGGCCCUUGGGAGGCUGCUUAUCCAAAUUCUUUUCCAAAGGAAUGCUGCUAGGGAAGCUGUUCAACCAGCCUAACAAAGCAGCAUAGCCACUUAGCAGUACCCAGUCAGGAAGGGACAUAGGUUAUCAAGUUCAUGUCUCUUGACUACUCUUACUAUAGGUAAGUGGCUGCUCAUGGCUGACCCCACAGAGCCUAUGGGCAAAUGCCAGGCCAGGGUUAGCAGACACUCACAAGGACCUGAAAUGACAUGAUGGGGGGUGGGGAAGGAAGUGACUCUAAUCAGGCAUUUUACACUUGUCACAGUCUUGAAUGUAUAAAGACUUUCAGAUGGGGCACCUUAGUGAUCAGCUACAAACAGUUCUUCCAGCCCUCACUGGAGUAACAAAAUGAAGACAAAUCCAUUUCUUCGGCCAGAUUCCGGCUCUGGCUUUGUGGCUUUCCCACAGUGACUGGAAUGCUUCUGCCUGAGGCCACUGGCCUGUUUCUUCAGCUGCCUUCCUGAAGCCUUUUAAUACUCAAAAGUCCCAGCUCCCCACUGAGGUAUUUUAAUGCUUGUCCUCUGACCUCCCCAGCCCCGUGGCCUCUCUUUCCUGCUCUCACAUUCAGAUCCUCAGCUGUGUCAGUGGCGAGCAGUCUUUUCUUCCUGAGAAAGCACAAGAGUCUGGGACUUGGGCACUUAUCUCCUCCAACUGAAAAUAUCUCCUUGGUCUUAAAAUACUAACACUGAACUCACUGAAAUAAUCUUAGCUUUUUAAAUCAGACUGUGGUGUAAAGGUUUGGGGAUUUUCUUUGAGUUUCCCAGCCCCAUUCAGAAAGCAGCUCUUGGCUGUUUUGAAUUUUUCAACUCCGAGCAGCCAAAGGGAGUGUAAACAAAAGGUGUGGAUAAAGGUCAAACAUUCUUGUCAGUUUCUGAGAAAACUGGAAGCCUGCUGUUAACCACAGGGACCAGUAUUAGGUUCUAAUCAAUCUGUUACCCCACCGAGGUCUGCCUGAAAGACAGCACAGGUCCCGGUAUGAAAGAACUUCCUUCUUUAUCAUGUAACUACGAUUCUUUGUUGCUCAGUAUAGGUGAUGAAAACAAACACUAAUUUCUAAUAAAAUUGUGUUACACUGCAG